AUGGCAUCCGAACUUGUAAGGAGCCUUGUGGGUCAUGACGUGCCUAGGCGGCCGUCGUGGCUCAGCCGGUCUCCGGCUUUGCGCGAGAAGGGACAGCUGCCUCGAAGGAACGACCUCGGAAGUGCAAGAGACAAGGGGCCGUCCGUCUGUGGAUGUCUGUGGUCACGGAGACCGGCGGCACCUUUUGGGCCCGAGACGUCAGACGUCAGCAAGAACCCGACGGAUCGCGAUUGCCAGAAAAUCCUCUUCGCCAUGGCCCCACCUGUCCUGACACAUGACCUAGCACUGGAAAUCCAGGAUAAGUUGAUCGGAGAGUUCACGCAGCCAGCCUUCCGCUACAAGCUGCGUGAUGCCCUCGACGGCUCCGAAGGCGAUAUCAUGAAGCAGGCUCAUGCGCGCCGAGACGUGUGCUUGGCUGUAGAGAUCCCACUUCUCGCAAAGUACGGCUACGAUGCAUCAGAAGAGGGAAUCCACCAGCACAGUGCAGCCAUGGCUCUGCUGCUCAAGGAUUGCCCCGACCUAGUAGUAAAGAACAACGAACUCGCGCGCUUGGUUAAUCCUACCAUGGACGUUGACGAGGAUACACACAUUACAGCCGAUUAG